AUGUCAAGAAGGAAUGGUAAGAGAAACGGUCAGCGGCAGAGGGACUGGGACACGGUGAAGUGCAGAAAGAUGGUGGAUGCUCCCACUCCUGUAGAGGUAUUCCAUCCGGAUUAUGAUGCGAUCAACAUACCAACAGAAGCUACAGCCAACAUACCAACAGAAGCUACAGUCAACAUACCAACAGAAGCUACAGCGAUCAUACCAACGGAAGCUGCAGCCAACAUACCAACAGAAGCUACAACCAACAGAAGCUACAGCCAACAUACCAACAGAAGCUACAGCCAACAGAAGUUACAGCCAACAUACCAACAGAAGCUACAGUCAACAUACCAACAGAAGCUACAGUCAACAUACCAACAGAAGCGACAGUCAACAUACCAACAGAAACUACAACCAUCAUACCAACGGAAGGUACAGUCAACAUACCAACAGAAGUUACAGCCAACAUACCAACAGAAGCUACAGUCAACAUACCAACAGAAGCGACAGUCAACAUACCAACAGAAACUACAACCAUCAUACCAACGGAAGGUACAGUCAACAUACCAACAGAAGCUACAGCCAACAUACCAACAGAAGUUACAGCCAACAUACCAACAGAAGCGACAGUCAACAUACCAACAGAAGCGACAGUCAACAUACCAACAGAAGCUACAGCCAAAAGAAGUUACAGCCAACAUACCAACAGAAGCUACAGUCAACAUACCAACAGAAACAACAGCCAACAGAAGCUACAGCGAUCAUACGAUUAUCAACAUUAGCUGCAGCCAACCCAGAUGUUAA